GUGGUUAUUGGAAGAAGCUCGUGUCACGUGACCAGAAACGUCAACGAUUCAAUGGCAGCCUACUGUUUUGUAAAUUAACACAAGGGACAGCUGCAUAAAAUAGUGUUUUAAACGACUGAAUUGCAUUUCUAAGACGCUGCCAUGUCUCCCAAGAUCACGGUGGAGCUGCUGCGGCAGCUACGGCAAGCCAUGAGGAACACCAAGUACAUCGCUGAGCCCAUCCAGGCCUACAUUGUCCCCUCUGGAGACGCACACCAGAGUGAAUACAUCGCACCAUGUGACUGCAGACGUGAAUUCAUCUGUGGCUUCAAUGGCUCCGCAGGCACGGCCAUAGUGACAGAGAAGCAUGCGGCCAUGUGGACAGACGGACGGUACUUCCUCCAGGCCAGCCAGCAGAUGGACAACAACUGGACCCUCAUGAAGAUGGGUCUGAAGGAGACACUUAGCCAGGAGGACUGGCUGAUCAGUGUGCUGCCUGAGAACUCGACAGUAGGAGUGGACCCCUGGAUCAUUGCUGCUGACCAGUGGAAGAACAUGUCUAAGGCCCUGGCCAGUGCAGGCCACUCCCUGGUGGCUGUUCAGGACAACCUGAUAGAUGCCAUCUGGAUGGACCGUCCAACCAGACCCUCCACUCAGCUCCUCACCCUGGGCCUGGGGUUCACGGGUCUGACCUGGCAGGACAAGAUGACCGCUCUGAGAUCCAAGAUGGCCGAGAGGAAGAUCUCUUGGUUCGUUGCCACGGCGCUGGAUGAGAUUGCAUGGCUGUUCAACCUCCGUGGCUCUGACAUCGAGUACAACCCUGUUUUCUUUGCGUACGCCAUCGUUGGAAUGAACACAAUCAGGCUCUUCGUGGACAUCAAGCGUCUGGCCGUGCCGACGGUGAGGGAGCACCUUCAGCUGGACACGCCCUCCAAGGUGGAGCUUAGCAUCCAGACUGCCCCCUAUGAGUCUGUGUUCACAGAGCUGCAGGCUGUGUGUGCCUCCCUGGGUCCCAAGGAGAAGGUGUGGAUCAGCGACAAAGCCAGCUGCGCCCUCACGCAGGUCAUCCCCAAGGCCCACCGGUCUCCUAUCCCCUACACUCCUCUCUGCCUCGCCAAAGCUGUCAAGAACGCCACUGAGAUUCAAGGGAUGAAAAUGGCCCAUAUCAAGGAUGCUGUCGCCCUUUGUGAGCUCUUCGCUUGGUUGGAAAAAGAGAUUCCAAAAGGCACAGUGACUGAGAUAUCCGCAGCAGAUAAGGCCGAGGAGUUACGCAGCCAACAGAAAGACUUUGUCGGACUCAGCUUCCCAUCCAUUUCCAGUGUUGGACCAAACGGAGCAAUCAUUCAUUACAGACCCCUCCCUGAAACCAACAGAACUCUCUCUCUAAACGAAAUCUACCUCCUCGACUCUGGAGCCCAGUAUAUUGAUGGAACAACAGACGUCACCCGCACCAUGCACUUUGGAUCCCCCUCUGCUUAUGAGAAGGAAACCUUCACCUAUGUUCUGAAAGGACAUAUCGCUGUCAGCGCUGCCAUUUUCCCCAACGGAACCAAAGGCCACCUGCUGGACUCGUUUGCCCGCCAGGCGCUGUGGGAGUCUGGGCUGGACUACCUUCAUGGUACGGGCCACGGGGUGGGAUGUUUCCUCAAUGUCCACGAGGGACCCUGUGGGAUCUCCUACAAGACCUUCGCCGACGAGCCCCUGGAGGCAGGCAUGAUUGUCAGCGAUGAACCUGGGUACUAUGAGGACGGCUUGUUUGGCAUUCGAAUUGAAAACGUUGUUCUGGUGGUGCCAGCAAAACCCAAGUACAACUACAGGAACAAGGGCAGUUUGACGUUUGAGCCUCUCACUCUGGUCCCCAUCCAAGCCAAGAUGGUAAACACAGAUCUUCUCACCCAGAAAGAGCGUGAUUGGGUGAACGAGUACCACAGGCAGUGCCGGGAGACCAUUGGAGCAGAGCUGGAGAGGCAGGGCCGCAAGGAGGCCAUGGAUUGGCUGAUCAGGGAAACCCAGCCAAUCGCCUGAAGGCUAUUCUGUGACUGACUCUUAUUUAAUUCAAUUGUAUUGCCCAGGAGUACAAUUGAUUGAUCAAUUGAUUGCUCAUCUCAGCAGUGAUGAUAACCUUUUCUUUUGAUAUUUUCUCUGAGAAGCUACUAUCUAUGGUUCUGGUCUCUGUGUAUUUCACGCUAUGCUUCUUUUCUAAAGCAUCAUCACCAUCCAUGUCUGAACUGUUUUAUGGCGAUUCAAUAAAUAUCCAAGUGUGGAAAAAAGGAUCGUU